UCAUCCCAUUAAUGGAAAAGGAGGAGCUCAUGGGGAACACGAUUAUCCAUGGAAGGUUUGGGUAUAGUAAUCAGGAAAUAGUGGUCUGCAAAAUCUCAGGAGUGGGAAAUGUGAGGAGUGAUACACUCGGGUGCUCAUGCUCUGCAGCAAGUGGGAUCCUCUGUGAAGCUGCUCUGGGAAGUGGAGGAGCUGGGCAGAGCUGGCCGGUCCUUAAGGACGGGAUCCUCGGAUUAUCCAUCCCGAUGAUCAGGGGCGCAGGUACACGAUUGGAGACGGCUUUGAGCUAAACUGGAAAUGCAGCUCAUGGGUGAGCUCCGGUGCGAAACGGCAGCUCGGAGAAGGUGGAAGCACGGACAGGCCCUGGAGAGAUUUGGGAACGGGGAUCGGACUCAGCGGUGAGUCUGGCACUGUUCAGCUCAAUGUCUGUCACUGUGUCUGUCACUGCCGUGCUGCCCAAGCACUGGGAUGGCACGGGAGAGCACGGCUGGGAUGCGACGGGAGAGCACGGCUCGGAUGGCACGGGAGAGCACGGCUGGGAUGGCACGGGAGAGCACGGCUGGGAUGCGACGGGAGAGCACGGCUCGGAUGGCACGGGAGAGCACGGCUGGGAUGGGACAGCAGAGUACGGCUGGGAUGGCACGGGAGAGCACGGCUGGGAUGGCACGGGAGAGCACGGCUGGGAUGGCACGGGAGAGCACGGCUCGGAUGGCACGGGAGAGCACGGCUCGGAUGGCACGGGAGAGCACGGCUCGGAUGGCACGGGAGAGCACGGCUCGGAUGGCACGGGAGAGCACGGCUCGGAUGGCACGGGAGAGCACGGCUCGGAUGGCACGGGAGAGCACGGCUCGGAUGGCACGGGAGAGCACGGCUCGGAUGGCACGGGAGAGCACGGCUGGGAUGCGACGGGAGAGCACGGCUGGGAUGCGACGGGAGAGCACGGCUCGGAUGGCACGGGAGAGCACGGCUCGGAUGGCACGGGAGGGCACGGCUCGGAUGGCACGGGAGGGCACGGCUCGGAUGGCACGGGAGGGCACGGCUCGGAUGGCACGGGAGGGCACGGCUGGGAUGCGACGUGAGGGCACGGCUGGGAUGGCACGGGAGGGCACGGCUGGGAUGCGACGGGAGGGCACGGCUGGGAUGCGACGGGAGGGCACGGCUGGGAUGCGACGGGAGGGCACGGCUGGGAUGCGACGGGAGAGCACGGCUCGGAUGGCACGGGAGGGCACGGCGGAGCUCGGAGCGGGGCGGUACCGGGUCCCGCCCCAAGGCUUUAAGGAGCAGGGCUGUGCCCGUCCCUCCCCUUUAAGCAGCAGCAGCAGCAGCAGCGGUACCGGGCCCGCGAUGGCGCUGCUCUGCCUCCUGCUGCUGCUGUGCGGAGCCGCGCUCGGACCCGCCGUGCACCUCGACUUCGCCGAGCACCGCAGCCAGGCCGCCAAGAUCAAGGUCAACCCCCGCGGCAACCUCUGGGCCACAGGUCACUUCAUGGGGAAGAAGAGCGUCACGGGCUCCCCACACCUGGAGACUCCGGAGGAGCCUGCGGUGCCGAUGGUCUUUGGUCCCUCUCUACGAGCCCUGCUGGAGGACAUGAUGGAACUGCUGACCCGGGAGCUCCUGAAAAUCCUCUUGCAAGAGAGGCUAUUGGAUGAGAACCAAGGGAAAUACGACCUCACUGACCAGGUGGAGCAGAGGUGCAGGAUUGGGAGACUGAGAGCCACUGAUGGUUCAAGCCUCUUUUGGACCCACUUUCAGCAGAUUAAGGUAAACUGAUGCAUCCCAGAGAGCUGUUCCCAGUGGGUAGAGAGCUUUCCACAGUGAAGAUACAGCUGGGCAUGACUGAAGGCACCAGUCCACCCCACUCCCUGUGCAGACUGCUCUGCUGGGCUGCUGCAGUGUUUGCUUCUUGGACACAGCUGGAGAGGAGAUGAGGGCUGUGGAGGUUCUGGACCCUUCCCUAUUCCCCCAAGGAACCUUUGAGCAGGAGGGCACUUGUUGAGAGGAUGGGAGAGCUGGUAGAUGUGCCACCCUGCCUUGUUUCUGAGCGUGUGGUGUGAAUUUGGUGAAGGUGCUCCCUGGGGCUCUCAUUGCUGCUCACGUUGCAGAUGUUCCUGUGCAAGGGCUGCCCUGAUGCUGGUGCUGUGCCACAGGUUCCAGCUGGGUGCCAGAGCCCUGCCAGUGCUCAUUCCCAGUGCUCAGGGGUGGGUACUGGCCAGGUGUGGCACUGGGUGCCAGAGCUCUGCUGCCGGAGGGUGAUUUGUCUGUGGCCAUACAGGCCCUGGCCAGUGCCUGCCUCGGUGCCCACUAUCUCUAGGGCAAGGUGGGAUGCUGUGCCCACAUGUGGCGUCACAGCUGAGCUGCAACUGGCUCCUGCCCCUCACUUUCUCUUCCCAAAGCCUGAAGCCUCUCCUUGGCCAGUGCCCUGGACCCCUGUGUCACCUUGCUGGGUGCUGUUUCUGGUUUUGCUCCUUGGGCACCUCUGAGCACCUCACUUCCCCAACUCCUGCCCUCCUGCUCCUUUCUCCCACCCAUCCCCAGAGCAUCCUUCCAUCUGUUCUAUUGUGGAUAUUACAGAACUGCUUCUCCCUAGUGCCUCUGAGUGCUGUCCAUGUUAUACUGUUCUCUGUGACCUUAUCUUUUCUUGCUCUUGUGGUUGUCACAGUGCCAGUCGGAAUUCCUGAUGCCCUGACAGCUUUCCCCCUCAGCAUGACUGUUGUUGGACACCAGGUGUCAGCAUCCAACCUGAACUGAUCUGUGUGCCGUGUUCCCACCUUCCUCACAGGCUUUUUUUAUAUCUCUGCCCUGCUCAACUCCCGGUCCGUGCCCUGCUCAGGAUCUGUCGCUUCCAUCUCAACUUUCCAACCGUGUGUGGACAGGGCUUCACAGUGCUGCUCUGUGUGACAAAGAUUGGGCUGGCAGAGGAGGAUCCUUCCCACCCUUUGUCACCUCCUGGGUGUGUGGCAUUGAUUCCCCAGGAUGCAGAGACCAUGUUCGUGGCAUGGAGCAGCUCCAGGGGCAUGGGGAGAGCCAUUCUGCCUGAGGGCAGCUGCUGCCCUGCGUACCUCUGGGACCUGUGGUCGGUGCCAAUCCCACAAACCCCUCUGUGACUCGUCUCUGCUGUGUUUUCUGUCUCUUUUUGCCUUCUCAGGUUCUCCCCUGGACCUCAGCCCAGUGGCUGCUGCCACACGGGGAUGAAGUUUCCCUCUGACAUCUGAGUCACGGUUCAGCCCUUGGAGCACAGCUGGGAGGCUCCUGGCUCCGUCCUUCUUGUGUGCCACCCCUGAGAGUGGCAUGGUUCUCCAGCAUGGGACAUUUGGCUGACUGCCCCAUGGUGCCCAUGCGGUGCUGAGGUGGUGCUUGUGUGCAUCACCCCACGUCUCACCCUUGUGUCUUGUU